AAUUCUGCAAGUGGUUCUGAUUUACUAUCGCUGUUCUCUAGCUGGUCUAAAACCGCUUUUGACCUAAAGGGACGCUUUUUGGACCCCAUGGACGUUUCUCAGUUUCCAGGCAGAAAGAACAGUAAAAAUGCAGGCAGGGCACAGGACAAAGCACUCGGGACAAAAUGUAUGUGAAAUGGCUUGAUACAUGAAUGUCCCUUUUUGUCAUUUUCAAAUUUCCCGCCGUUCCGUCCCCCGUACAUCCCGACACUCGCAGGGGACGGAACCCAGAUGACAGAUGCUGGCAUCCGCCGGAUUACAUUGCCGGGGACAAUCCAGGAGGGACAU